UCCAGUUAACAAACCCCAGUACAGUGCAAAGUGUUGUGUACAAUCAUGUCCACAAAUGCAUCUUCAGUAGUUUUACUCAAACUGGAAACACUGGGUUUAACCAAUGCGUCGAUGUACCCAGCUUUCCUGCUCAGCACUUUAACAUAUCUGUGUAUUAUGUUCUGUAACACGUUGGUAUUAGUGACUAUCGUUUGGUGUAAAAAGCUUCAGAAGCCCAUGUUUAUCCUGCUGUUCAACCUGCCCAUCAGUGACAUGGUGGGGGCUACGGCUUUUUUCCCUCACCUCAUUAUAAGCAUGUUGACGCAGAACAGACUGAUUUCAUACCCUGCAUGUGUAGCUCAGACUUUUCUUGUUCAUGUUUAUGGAACAGGAAACCUAUUGAUCUUGAGUGCCAUGGCGUAUGACAGAUAUAUCGCUAUAUGUUGUCCUUUGAGGUAUAAUUCCAUCAUGAGUACACAGAACUUGGUAAAAAUUAUUGUCUUAAUAUGGGUCAUUAACUUUUCUCUAAUAAUCACUUUGAUUUUGAUGGCUGUACGGUUUAAAAUCUGUAGGACUCAUAUUGUAGAUCUGUAUUGUAAUAAUCCAUCUUUAUUGAAAUUGGUCUGUGAGGACACCAGCACGAACAACUACUAUGGAUUAUUUACUAUAGUGGUGCUCCAGGGCGGACCGCUGUUAAUCAUAUUGUACACUUAUGCACAGAUUCUGCGUACAUGCGUAAUGAACAAUCAGUCUGACGCCAGGAGAAAAGCCAUUCAGACGUGUGGCUCACAUUUGGUCGUUUGUUUAAUCCUAGAAAUCAAUACUUUUGUCACACUCAUUUCUCACCGCAUUGAGAGCAUGUCGCCCUUUUUUAGGAGGGCCCUCGGUGUGUCCGUUUUAAUUUUCCCCCCGUUUUUGGACCCGAUUAUUUAUGGACUGAAAACCUCAGAGCUCAGGCAGAGCAUUAAAAUGUUACUAAAGAGAAAUGUAGGGGUGUCAAAGUUGUGACCGACUUCUCUGUUUUGGCCUUCAUAUGAAGUGUUCUUCAUUUUUGUGGGGAAUAAAAUGAUCUAUUUUGUUAGUGAAUGUAAAUGUGCUACCUAUGAUAUCUGACAAAUCCAGUAUGAUUUAAUCACUAGAGUGUUAUAUAUAUGUUAAUAUGUUUGUCCUACAGUAAAGAUGAUGAAUACAGCAUGUUGCACAUUUAAUUUUUUUAAUGAAAACAUGUGCUGUGACUAUUGCAAAUCAUCCUAUUCACAGUCAUGUUCAUCUCAUUUGUUCUAACCUUUUAAAAAAUCAUCACUGGAAGCAGCUGAGGUUUCUUUUCUAAAGAUGUCUGUGAUAAGUCAUUUAAAUAAAUAUUGAGCAAAAUAUCCGUUUGCACUAAUAUCAAAGAACGACUUACAAUAACGACAGAUCCUUUCAGACAGGACAUUUGAUCAGGUUUAUGAUAACAGUGAUAGCUGUAAAUAAAUGAAAGUGACACACAAGUAUGCCAUACUUCAAUAAAAAAAUAUAUAUAUUCAUGAUUAUUUAUUGGGUAGUAUCAUUGUGUCUACAACUAUUCAAUGUGUUCUUAAAUAUAA